AUGGGUCAUCGUACGCACCCCAUUAUCGACCAACGCUCGCCGAGAGAAAAAUCAACAUGCGCAUGCGCCCCACAUCGGACUUACUGCGCACCACAUCUAAAUCUUUCCCCAAACGGCAAUUUUCGCGACCGGAGAUGUCUUCCUCGCAAGUGGCGCCAGAGACGUGAAACCCAGCAGCGCGACAAUCUUGGAAACUACCUGUGGUACCUAGACAAGCAACUGGGCUCUAACAGCCUCGCUUUUGUAGAUGCCUCGGACUUCCUGAGCAUGUACAAUUUUUCGCGCAAACAACCCGAACUCACGGCAGUUGAAGUGGCGUAA